AUGACGGGCCUCCAAAGUGGCGCAAUCUGCUCCGCCUUCUACAGUGGGACCGUCAGCGUCGGUCGUCGCAUGGUUUGCCCAGUACCAGUGCAACAGUUGUGGCCACGUGCCAACCUCUCUUGCUUGGGACUUGGAUGUGUCAACUUCACGCCAGCCGGAUCCUACAACAAGGACGCCCGCUUUUGUCAUCUCUGUGGGGAGCCACUGCCGCUUCCUCGUGUGCCCGCGGUGGUCACGGGCGAGGGCAGCCGCCUUGCAGUCAACCUCGGGGAGGUGGCCGCAGCUGCUGCGCUGGAAGCCCUCCGGCAAGAAGCAGGAGGCGGCGGCGGUGGCGGCGGUGGCGGCAGCAUGGGCAGUCACCUGGCCGUGCGCUCCGAGCCAAACCUCCGUGCACCACAACAGCCACAGCGGCCACAGCGGCCACAGCGGCCACAGCGGCCCGCGGUGGCAGAGGAGAGGCCCAAGGCCCCGCCAGCGUGCUCCACAGGGAAGUAUGAGGGCCCCCCGAAGUGCCGUAAGCAUCGAGAUGGUGGCAAGCGGCUGCUACAAGCCCCAGGCCGGCCGCUGCCGGGGCGGCCGAAAGACCUGCCGUGGGGCACCAGAGAAAGCCAGGUGGCGCAUUGGCUAGAUAAUAUUCGGCCGAGGCGGCCAUGA